AUGACACUAACCAACGAGCAGUUCCUCGAGCAGCUCGCCAAGCUGUUUGAGCAGAGCACCUCAAAGCACUCGGUCUACAUCACCUCGAAGAAGGCACCCGCCUCUGCAGCUCAGGAUGACGAUGUUGACAUGACGCCGUCAUCGUCCUCCUCCAGCUUGAAGGACGCCGUCCUCUUCCGCGCCACCGACGGUACAUCGGGCAGCGGCAAGGUCAAGAUCAGCACGCUCGUGCCUGCGUCCAAGCUCACCACGUUCCAGGGCGCAUACCUUCCACUGCUGAGGACACACCUGUCCGCCGGCCUCAGAAAGCGCGACAAGGCCAAGGAACGCAAGAUCGAAAAGGCACGAGAGCAGAGCCGCAAGAAGCUCGUCGAGACGGUCGACGGCAAGGAAAAGGUCAUCACCAACAAGAUCGGCAGCAAACGAGGCGCAGGACGUCGCAAGCGCCAACGCGCCCUCACCAAGGGGCUCGCACUGCGCAAGGAAAAGGCAAAGGAGGCAAAGAGAAAGCAGCAGACGGCCAAGGCAACCAGCUAG